AUGAAUGCGACCAAGCGAAAAUUCAAUGCUCUGUUGAACGGCAUUGGCACCAAGUCAACCACCUCGUUAUCCUCGAAAGAAGCACACAACGAUUCGCACGUCGACCUAACAGCUACCGGCGACACAGACUCUCAAGCCAAAAAGCGCCGAAUUAGUGGUUCAAGCUCCAUAGUAGAUGGCCAAAUGGCAAGACCGACGCUUGCGACAAAGCUUUCAUCGGCGGCCAUAAAGCACACGAAGUCCGCAUCCCUGGUUACCGCAACCUCCAACGCCGAAACCCCCAAAUAUGCCCCUUGGGAUCGCACGGAGUUCCUCAAGCGUUUGAAGUCUUUCUCCAAUCUGACCGACUGGACACCAAAACCUGCGAGGGUUAAUGAAGUGGAGUGGGCGAAACGGGGCUGGGUGUGCCAGAAAUUUGAGAGAGUGCGAUGCUGCCUCUGUAAUGUGGAGAUACUGGUGAAGCUCAAUAAGAAAGAGGUAGAUGGAAAGGAAGAGCCGGUUUACGUGGCGCAGAAUAUCGAUUCCAUAUUCAAAUUACCUCUUAACCAUGCACCAACAACUCUCCACAACCUCCGCCAGCGACACGAUGAUGAACUUGAUCUUGAUACUGUUUUGAGUUAUCUUCCAAAAGAUUUCUUUUCUUCAUCUAAUGAGCCUGGCCCUAGCCAAGAGGUUCAUAAAAAUAGAGUUGCAUUUUCUAUGGCGCUAUUUGGAUGGGAAGGAUAUGCACAUGAUCGACUAGGGGAUCAACUGGGAUCAGUCUCAUGCCACGCCUGUUUCCGAGUUCUUGGCCUAUGGCUAUUUAAAAGCAAAGGCGUUAAUGACGCUGGCGAAGAAACUAUAGGCCCAGUUGUCGACGGCCUGGAUGUUGUUAAGGAGCACCGAGAUUAUUGUCCGUGGCGUAACCCAGCUUCGCAGAAUGGACUGCAGACGCCAUCGAAGUCCGGAACUCCUACGAUGGCUGGGUGGGAGACUACGCUGCGCGUGCUAAAGAACGACUACUUUCUGCGGCAUGGGAAGGGGAACAAAGAGUCGAGAGCCGAGAAGCCAACAACUCCAGAUGCCGGCAGUGUUUUUGAUGAAUCGAUAGCUGAUGAGGAAGAGAUGAAAAGUAGAGAUGAGAAAGAUAAAGCGCGGUGGGCGAGAUUGCGACGUGUGAAAAGUCUCUUUGAGACAAAGGGAGGAAAGAAGUUACACAGAACGGAUACCAAAGGCAAACCAACUACGUGA